CUGCGACACGCCUCCUUCUGCAAAUGAACGAAGAACGACAAAAAAAAGGACAACUCUCAGGCGGUGGCUUCAGACGGCGAACCAAACGGCGAGCGCGCCCUCCCUGCGACGGCAACGUCCAGCGGCGAGAUUUCAGUGGCGGGCGGUCUCCAGCCACGAGCUUCAAAUUUCCGGCGAACUUCUUCAGCUUCGAACUCGACGGCCGACGGCGAGGGGAACCAGAUUCGACGGAGAAAUAGGAGCGAGGCUUCAGCGAACAGCCGGAGAACUCCAGGGACCUCAAAUCGGCGGCGUACGGCGGCGUACGGAGGCCGAGACGUUCCAGAUGGUGGAAUCCGGCGAAAUCGACGACGACGACAACCCUAAUCUCUGAUACCACGGUUGAGGAUCGAUUCUUUUCCGGCUCAGGUCUCCAACCUUUCAGCACGAACAACAAACAAUAGGAUCAAUUGUACAUUUAUGGUUCGCUCUGAGCAUCCCCAAACUUAUGCCUCACCGGAUUGGUUUUCUUGGCGAACUCCGUUCAUCACUCUUUAGAGAAUGUCGGCGAUUAAUGACCACCAGCAAAAGAGUACAAGAUCGGAGCAAAAAGAAGCGUGUGCAUGACCUUGAGGUUGUUGUGGAGAAACAAAAAAUCCUCUCCAAGAUCCUCUUCAUACUCGAAACUCUAAAGCAAGAAUCGGAGCAAAUCAUCACCGUACGUUCCCUCGAUCAAUACCGACGGCAAAUCAACCUCCCGAGGCCUCACAAGUUCUCCGAUUUCCUCCGGAAAUCUCCCAAGAUUUUUGAACUCUAUAAUGACCAAAGGGGAGUUUUAUGGUGUGGGAUGACUAAAGAAGCUGAAAAUCUAAUGCAUGAAGAAGAUGACCUGAUAGAGAAAAACAGUGAUAAAUCUGCAGAGUUUUUGACUCGAAUGUUAAUGAUGUCUGUCGAUAAACGCAUUAGCCUGGAUAAGAUUGCUCAUUUCAGGAGGGGUAUGGGUUUGCCUUUGGAUUUCAGAAACCAUUGGGUGCACAAAUAUCCGGAAUAUUUCCGAGUGGUGAAACCCUUCGUGCCUUAUGAUGAGGGUGAAUAUCUGGAACUAGUGACUUGGAAUUCCAGCUGGGCAAUAACCGAGCUGGAAAAGAAAGCUUUGGGUGUUAGCAAAGCUCCGGAAGGUUCUUUUCCAGGUAUUCUUUCUCUGUCUUUCCCAAUGAAGUUCCCGCCAAACUAUAAGAAGAAGAUUUCCACGUACAAACCUCAGAUUGAGAAGUUUCAGAACAGGGAGUAUUUGUCCCCUUACGGAGAUGCCAGUGGGUUAAAGGCCGGUUCGCUGGAGUUUGAUAAGAGGGCAGUGGCGGUAAUGCAUGAGUUGCUAAGCUUUAUGAUUGAGAAGCGGCUUGUGACAGACCAUUUGACUCACUUCAGGAGGGAGUUUGUGAUGCCUCAGAAGUUAAUGAGACUAUUGCUAAAGCAUUUCGGCAUCUUUUAUGUCUCGGAGAGAGGUAGGAGAUUUGUCGUCUUCUUGAACGAAUUCUAUGAAAAUUCGGAGCUAGUCGAGAGACAUCCUCUGGUUGAUUGGAAAGACAAGGUUCUUAACCUUGUUGGGUAUAGAAUUAAGAAAGAGAAAGAAGGCGUGUUGGAUGAUUUACUAGAUGAUACACGCGAUAGGGACUUAUUCGAUAGCAGUUCAGAAGAAGACUAUGGUGGUAUUCAGUUAGGACAUGAUGAGGAGAUGAGUGGUCUGGACAGGGAUAUAAUUGGAAGUGAUCCUGAAAUGGAGAUUGAGGACAUCUAUGAUGCAUAUAAUGCAUCCGAAUGAAACCUCCCGUUGCCUCCUAAUUAGAACUGAGACAUAAUGCAUUCACCUAUGAAAAACGGAAACUGGGAAAGAAUGUUUCUGUUUUGGAAAUUUUUGAAAACAGUUGGUUCUUAUUAUUAUUAAAAGAUGAUAUUUCUCGGUUCCCGUUUCUCCAUGAUGUCAAAUAAAAAGGUUUAACCCAUCAACGAUCGUGUUGUUCUUUCUCUCUCUUUUUUUGCACUAACAGGCUUGUAAAGAUUUGAUGCGAAAUGGUCAGGUUUUAGGCUCUCACAGAUACUCUGAUAAAAGAUUAGAUAAUUGUCAUUUGAUAUAACAUACCUAAAGUUUACAGGAUGACAAGGCAAACAGGAUUGAGAAUCAAUUGAAUACAUUCCCAUCAAUAUAACAUAUCCAACAAUCUGACAUUCCCAUGGUAAUCUGACAUUCCCAUAGUAAUCUGACAUUCCUUGAACCAAACAUAUCAUAAGAUGUUUUUACUUGGAUUGUUUUCAGUCUCAGAC